AUGUACUUCACAUAUUAGAGCCCAUUGAAAGAUCAAAUGCAAAAAAUUGCAUUCAAUUAAAAUUAAUCAUCUAAUUUAUACUCAGUAUAUAAUUUUAAUUAUAUAUUACUUGUAGCUGCUCAGAUUUAUUAUUAUGAGUGCAGGGAUUUCAGAUAAAAAAUAGAAACUAUUUAAUUAUUAAAUACAUAGAAAAGAAAGAAAUUGCAGAAGUAAAUAAAAAAUAAUCAGUAUAAAAAGCAUUUUAAAAUAAAAUAAGUUGAUUAAACUGGUAAAGAUAUGCUAUAAAAGAAAAAUAAUAAAAAAUAGAGCUAAAUAAAGUACAAUAUAAUUAUAAUACUUAAUUAAUCAUAGAAUUACAAUAUCCAAUAAAAUUAUUAUUUUCUAAUACUUAUAAGGGUUUAAAUUGUUAAGUAACUGAUGGUGGAAAGGUUGUUGGGUUACUUAGUUAUAGUUCAUGUUAUUGCUUUUGUGAAUAAGUAAUCCAAAGACUUGGAAAAUAAUGUUUGCAUUCUAAAUGCUCAGUGGAACAUGCUUUUGUAAUGGAAUAGGAUUUAGAGAUAUUAUAGCAAAAAAUAAUUAUUAAUGUCUAGGAUUUAAUUAUGGGUAUUAAAUUAUUAUAGAUGAUAUUUAAUAAACCAUAAUUGCAAUAUAUAUUCUCAUCAUAAUAAAGAAGUAAAUACUAAAAUAUUAUCAUUCACAUUUACAACUAAUGAUAUAAUCAUAAUCAAAUUAAGUAUAGAACAUAAGUAUAAUAAAUGGACAAGAUAGAAUAAUCAGUUAGCAACAAUUGUAAUUAUCAAAUCUAUUAUUAGAAGUUGGAAAUAGAUGCAUCCUUAUAAUAAGAAUUAUAUCCAUUUUGUUAAUCAAAGUUUAAAAUAUUGGAUAUAUUUCAAACUGAUAAUAUAGAAUGAAAUAUCAUUUAUAUUUGAUAAUGAUAAAUUAAACAUACAUUCUAUUUUUAAAACAAUUCAAUAUUGA